CGCAACCCCCUACCAAUAACAUGGCCCCAAAACGUGCUUCUCAUUUCAUCCGCCUCCCUCCCGUAAAAAUUCACAGUAGGGUUUAAGAACAAGAAAAAAGAGGGAGUUCCGUUUGGAGUCCACAGUCACAGCUCGCUCGCGACUGAGAAAUCGCAAACAUAAACACUUUCCCGCUCUUCCAACUAUUAAGAAGAUGAAACCACACUCGAAUUUCUAGGGUUUCGUAGUUUCAGCACUUAAGAAUCAUCAUAAUCAGAAGAAAGAGAUUUAUCGAUUUUACAGAAAACAAAAAUGGUUUCAGCGAAAGUUCUUCUCCAUGCGACUGAAUCAAUAGUGUUAGCUACAUCUUCUCUAACUCCUCGUGAAAGGAUUGAGUUAAUGCAUACGAUUAGAAGUUCUUUACCUUCUCUUCAAUCACUUCUAUCAUAUCCGGUUCCUAAAGCAUCUGAUAGAUCUCAAGUUCAAUCUAAAGAAGUAAGACUUGCUGAUUCUCCACCAAUAUCACUGGAUGAUCAGGAUGUUCAGAUUGCGUUGAAAUUGAGUGACGAUCUCCAUCUCAACGAAAUAGAUUGCGUGCGGUUGCUUGUUGCUACCAAUCAAGAACGGGGGAUGUUAGAUAGGGAGCCUCUGGAAAUUCUGCGCAUUGCAACUGGAAUAUGGUAUACUGAGCGACGAGAUUUGCUAGCUGCAUUAUUCAAUCUCUUAAGGGCUGUCGUUCUUGAUCAAGGACAUGAAGCUGAUCUUAUUGCUGAGAUACAGAAGUAUUUGGAAAAUCUCAUUAAUGCUGGCCUUAGACAACGAAUAAUGACUCUUAUAAAGGAACUUAAUCGGGAGGAACCAGCGGGUUUGGGUGGACCUCACAGUGAACAGCAUAUUAUUGAUUCUAGAAGUGCUCUUUUGGAAAGACGUGCUGUUGUUUGUAGGGAGCGACUUCUUCUCUGUCAUUGCCUUGUUCUUUCUGCCUUCGUAGUUCGAAUGGGUCCAAAGGAGGUAAAGGAUGUCCUUUCUCUUCUUAAAGACUGCGCCACCGAUGUUAAUGGUAGCAGUGCAACUCAAAAGCUUCAGAUUGCUCUCGGGCUUCUAUUUUCUCUGGUAACCACUUUCAUAUCAGAUGCUUUAAGCACGGUACCAGAUAAAGCUUCUACGCUCGCUGGGGAUACUUCUUUCAGACGGGAAUUUCAUGAACUUGUGAUCGCUGUUGGGAAUGAUCCCAAUGUUGAAGGUUUUGUUGAUGUCACUAGACUUGCCUGGGCUGUACAUUUGAUGUUAACUCAAGAUGGACUUACUACUAGGGAGACAAUAGCCGGGUCUUCAUCUAGUGAACUAGCGAAUAUAUUUUCAUGCUUGGAGGUCAUAUGUUCAAGCAAUGUUUUCCAGUUCUUACUGGAUAAGGUUCUCCGAACUGCAGCCUAUCAGCAUGAUGAUGAGGAUAUGAUCUAUAUGUACAAUGCUUAUAUGCACAAGUUGAUGACAUGUUUCCUCUCCCAUCCUCUAGCUAGAGACAAGGUUAAAGAAAUGAAAGAGAAGGCAAUGAGUGCCCUUAGCGCGUAUCCCAUGACUGGUUUGCACGACGUCAAACUUGAUAAUGACAUGGAUUCUCAACAGACCAUUGAAAACUCUCCACAACCUUUUGUUUCUCUCUUGGAAUUGGUUAGCGAAAUCUAUCAGAAGGAACCACAUCUGUUGUCUGACAACGAGGUUUUGUGGACAUUCGUCAACUUUGCUGGAGAGGAUCAUACUAAUGUUCUGACACUGGUUGCUUUCCUGAAGAUGCUGAGUACAUUGGCAUCUAGUCAGGAGGGUGCCUCAAAGGUUUGGGAAUUACUACAGGGUAAAACAUUCCGCUCUGUAGGGUGGAGUACUCUGUUCGAUUGCUUAUCCAUUUAUGAAGAGAGGUUUAGGCAGUCUCAUCAGAAUUCUGGAACUAUGUUGCCCGAGUUUGAGGAGGGUGAUGCAAAAGCACUGGUUGCGUACUUGAAUGUUCUUCAGAAGGUUGUGGAGAAUGGAAAUCCAAAUGAAAGGAAAAACUGGUUUCCUGAUAUUGAACCCUUAUUCAAGCUGCUGAGUUACGAAAAUGUGCCUUCUUAUUUGAAGGGUGCUCUGCGGAAUGCCAUACGCGUUUUUAUUCCAGUAUCUCCCGCUCUAAAAGAUACUAUCUGGAGGUACCUCGAACAGUAUGAUCUGCCAGUAGUUGUUGGGCCUUCAUCCGGGUCUAGUGUGCAGCAGAUGUCUACACAGGUGUAUGAUAUGCGUUUCGAGUUGAAUGAAGUAGAAUCGAGGAUGGAGAAAUACCCUUCAACAAUUUCCUUCCUUAAUUUGUUAAACGCGCUUAUAGCUGAAGAGAGAGAUGUGAGCGAUAGAGGACGCAGGUUCCUCGGCAUCUUCAGAUUUGUAUAUGAUCAUGUCUUUGGGCCUUUUCCUCAGAGGGCGUAUGCAGAUCUUAGUGAGAAAUGGCAGUUGGUUGUCGUUUGCCUUCAGCACUUCAAAAUGAUAUUGGGCAUGUACGACCUUGAGGACGAGGACAUUGAUAAUGUAGUUCACCUGUCGCAGUCUUCUGCACAGUCACAGUCAACUCCCCUUGAAACACAGGUCCCUGUGCUAGAGUUGCUGAAAGACUUCAUGAGUGGUAGAGCCAUCUUUCGUAAUAUUAUGGGGAUUCUUUUGCCGGGAGUCAACGGCCUUAUAGAUGAUCGAACUACACAAAUUUAUGGUCACCUUCUAGAAAAUGCUGUGCAGCUAUCCUUGGAAAUUAUUAUUCUUGUUUUGGAGAAGGAUUUAUUUGUAGCUGACUUUUGGCGUCCUUUAUACCAGCCUUUGGAUAGAAUCCUUUCUCAAGAUCAGAAUCAAGUUGUCGCCCUGUUGGAGUAUGUAAGAUAUGAUUUUCAACCACUAAUUCAGCAAAGCUCAAUCAAGAUCAUGAGUAUUCUAAGUUCUCGCAUGGUUGGGCUCGUCCCUUUGUUACUAAAGUCAAAUGCUGCACAGAGUUUGAUCGAAGAUUACGCAGCUUGCUUAGAGUUACGUUCGGAAGAGUCUCAGGCCAUAGAAGACACUAAAGAUGACAUAGGAGUUCUUAUAAUUGAGCUGCUCAUCGAUAAUAUCAACCGCCCACCCCCAAAUAUCACACAUUUGCUUCUCAAGUUUCAUGUGGAUAUGUCAGUAGAGCGGACAGUUCUACAGCCAAAGUUUCAUUACAGUUGCUUGAAGGUGAUACUUGAUAUUCUCGAAAACCUCUCCAAGCCAGAAGUUAAUGCAUUGCUGCAUGAAUUUGGACUUAAGCUUCUUUAUGAACUUUGUACGGAUCCAUUAACAUCUGGUCCUACCAUGGACCUUUUAAGCAACAAAAGAUAUCAGUUUUUCUUAAAGCACUUGUAUACAAUUGGUGUUUCUGCUCUUCCUAAAAGAAACAACAACCAGGUCCUUCGUAUUAGUUCGCUUCACCAGAGAGCAUGGCUGUUGAAGCUGUUAGCAUUGGAGUUGCAUGUUGGUGACAUGACUGCAUCUGCACAUAGAGAAACUUGCUUGAGUAUUCUUGGUCAUUUGUUUGCGCAGAGCAUUAGUGACUUUGGAUCUGAUCUUUAUUUACCUAAACACUCAAGCUUCCAGACAAAUGUUGACCAUCCUGGAAUAAAAUCAAUCAGCAAGAUUAAGGUGUUGGAGUUGCUCGAGGUUGUCCAGUUUAGAUGUCCUGAUACCUCUAUGAAAAGUUCUCAGCUUGUGUCUAGUUUGAAAUAUGAGUUGCCCGUAGAAAACAUACUUGGAGAUCCCGCAACAUCUGAAAAAGGUGGUGUUUAUCAUUUCUCAGAACGCGGUGAUCGGUUAAUUAACCUUGCUUCAUUCUGUGACAAACUGUGGCAGAAAAGCAAAUUUGUUAAUCCUGCUAUGAGCUCUGUCGGUGGUGAAGCUGAUGUCAUGGAUCUGAGAGAGACAAUCCAGGUUUUGAUUAGAUGGGGCUGGAAAUAUAAUAAGAACCUGGAGGAACAGGCAGCCCAACUUCACAUGUUAACUAGCUGGUCUCAGAUUGUUGAGGUAACAGUAUCUAGAAGAAUGACAUUUCUCGAGGAUCGUUCUGAAAUUUUGUUCGAGGUGCUUGAUGCUUCUUUAAGUGCUUCUGCUUCCCCUGAUUGUUCUCUAAAGAUGGCGUCAUUAUUGACUCAGGUUUCACUUACAUGCAUGGCCAGAUUACGGGAUGAAAGAUUCUUAUCCCCUGGUGGUAUGAAUUCGGAUAAUCUCACUUGUCUUGAUGUGCUCUUGGUGAAACAAUUGUCAAAUGGAGCUUGCCAUUCCAUACUAUUCAAACUUAUAAUGGCGAUCCUUAGACCCGAAUCAUCAGAAGCUUUGAGAAGACGCCAGUAUGCAUUACUUCUGAGUUACUUCCAGUAUUGUCGGCAUAUGCUUGAUCCAGAUGUCCCUGCAACCGUAUUACAGUUCUUGCUGCGGGAAGAGCAAGAUAGCGAGGAGGAUCUGGAUAUGAAAAAGAUUGACAAAGAACAAUCUGAAUUAGCGCAGGCCAAUUUUUCUAUUCUAAGAAAAGAGGCACAAGCAAUAUUAAAUUUGGUAACUAAGGAUGCAAUUCAAGGUAGUGAAGCUGGAAAAACAGUAGCAUUUUAUGUUCUGGAUGCACUUAUCAGUAUUGAUCAAGAGCGGUUCUUCUUGGGCCAGUUACAAAGCAGAGGCUUUUUAAGGUCAUGCUUGACAGACAUUAGCAAUAUAUCCUCUCAGCGAGGAUUUACUCUUGAAGCCGAACUUGCUAUGCUGUUGAGGAUUAGUCACAGUUAUGGGAAGCCUGGUGCCCAAGUUUUGUUUUCUAUGGGUGCCAUAGAACAUCUUACUUCAUGCAAGAUGAUGGGUUUGCAAUUGAAGGGAGGCUUCAAUCGGGCUGAAGCUAAAGGUGGCAGAGAUGUAGCCAUGGAGAUUCAGAAGCAGCGAUGUGCCAUAUGUUCAAUUUUGAGAUUGGUUUUUUCGUUAACCUGUUUGGUUGAUACAUCCGAGUUCUUUGAGGUGAAGAAUAAAAUUGUUCGUGAGGUUAUUGAUUUUGUGAAGGGACAUCAGUUGCUCUUUGAUCAAGUUAUCAGGGAAGAUGUUUCUAAAGCAGAUGAGUUAACCAUGGAACAAAUCAAUCUUGUUGUCAGCAUACUUAGCAAGGUUUGGCCGUACGAAGAGAACGAUGAAUACGGUUUUGUGCAAGGAUUAUUUGGUAUGAUGAGUAAUAUCUUUACCCUUGAUGCUGCGUCCUGCUUCUCGCAAUCGUUAACUAUUGCUCAUCAGAAACAAAGGACGUCAGAGCUCAUCUUCUUUAGGAUAUCCUUCAGUUUGAGUUCCUACCUUUAUUUUUUGGUUACAAAGAAGUCUCUUAGAUUGCAGGUAUCUGAGGAUGCUAGUGAUUAUCGGGUACCUAAUGCAGAGCGACCUAGAUUAUCGUACCUUGUUCGUCUUCUUAAUUCUGUGACUGUGGCUCUUGAUAGAGCCGCGGAGGAAAAAUCUGCAUUGCUCAACAAGAUUCGAGAUAUUAAUGAGCUGUCGAGGCAGGAGGUUGAUGAAAUUAUCAGUAUGUGUGUGCGACAGGAUUGCGUAUCGUCAACUGACAAUAUUCAGAAAAGGAGGUAUAUUGCGAUGGUUGAAAUGUGUCAGAUAGCUGGUAACAGGGACCAGCUAAUUACUUUAUUGCUUCCGCUUGCGGAGCACGUGCUUAAUAUCUUCCUUGUCCAUUUCCGGGAACGGUAUAGCCCUCAAGGGCCAUCGAUUCCUGAUUCAAGCGAUGCCACAAAAAUGAUUUCAUAUGGCAAACAGGAGCCUAACCAGGAUAUUUCAUUGUUGUGCGCGAAGUUACUUCCAGUUUUGGAGAGACUCGAAUUACUAAACGAGGAUAAAACAGGCCACAGUUUAAAGAUUUUCCGAAGGCUCUUGUGUUCACUCAAAGAAAUGACAAUUCAAAGGUUGUCCACCUAAUUUUGUUGCGAUUAUUUGGAGAAUCAGGUAUAGAUCUUAUACAUAUAUUUCUGUGAUGUACCACUGAUCCUGUAAAAUAUGCAGAGAUAAUGUAAUAGUAAUAGGCCAAGUUUGUUUCUAAUCUUCUCAGUUGAGAUAAUGUAAAAGUACAUUUGUUCUAUCAUCCCCAGUUGGGAAUCGGGAAUGAAGUGCAUUUAUUUUUCUUCAUACUUUGUUCUAUAGAUUAUCAUCUCCAGGUUAAACGAGUU